AUGGCAUUAGAAAUGGAGAUUAAGGAUUUACUAGUGUUCAGCGAUUCAGAUUUGCUUGUACAUCAGACUCUCAAGGAGUGGAUCACUCGGGAUUCAAAGAUCUUGCCUUAUCAUUGCAACUUACUGGAGUUAGCGAAUAAGUUUAAGAGUUUGGAGUUUCGGCAUAUUUCCCGUGUCAGAAAUGUCUUUACCGAUGCAUUGGCCACUUUAUCUUCAAUGAUUCAACAUCCAGAUGAGUUGGCAAUUGAACCUAUCCAGAUUCAUCUACAAGAAAAACCUGCUCACUGCCUAGUUGUGGAAAAGUCUUCCGAUGGCCGUCCCUGGUACAACGAUAUCAAGGAAUUUCUCAAAACAGGGUCCUAUCCCCCUGGAGCCGAUACAACUGCUAAAAGUUUCGUGCGCAGAUUGUCUUCUAAAUUUUUCCUAAACGGAGAAGUGGUAUACAAAAGGACGUCAGACUUGGGCCUUCUAAGAUGUGUUGAUGAAGACGAAACAGAAUACCUGAUGAAAGAAGUACAUAGUGGACUGUGCGGAUCACAUAUGAAUGGCCAUUUAUUAGCAAAGAAGAUCAUGCGGACCGAAAAUUUUUGGCUUACUAUGGAGCAUGAUUGUGUAGUUUUUGUUAGAAAAUGCGUAAAGUGUCAAUUGCAUGGACAUGUUAUGCGCACUCCCCCCACAGAAUUACACAAUAUGACUGCUCCCAGGCCAUGUUCGAUGUGGGGUAUGGAUGUAAUCGGAGCAAUUGACCCUCCCGCUUCAAAUGGGCAUCAGUUUAUUCUGGUGGCAAUUGAAUAUUUCACCAAGUGGGUCGAAGCUGAAUCUUAUAAGCAUGUGACUAAAAAGGUGGUGACGGACUUUCUAAGGAAGCACAUCAUUUGUCAUUUUGGAAUACCAGAGACAUUAAUCACUGACAAUGCCAAGAAUCUCAACAAUGAUAUGGUAGAUGGAUUGUGUGAACAGUUCAAAAUCAGGCAUAGGAACUCCUCUAUUUAUAGACCACAAAUGAAUGGAGCGGUUGAGGCCGCGAAUAAGAACUUGAAGAAGAUAAUUCGCAAGAUGAUUGAAAGACACCGUGAUUGGCACGAGAAGCUCCCUUAUGCAUUAAUGGCAUAUAGAACUGCUAUACGGACAUCUACUGGGGCAACUCCCUACAACCUCAUGUAUGGGAUGGAAACAGUAUUGCCAGCUGAGGUCGAAAUCCCUUCAUUGCGCAUUUUAAUGGAGGCCAAGCUAGAUGAGGCUGAUUGGGUUAAACAACGUCAUGAAUAG